CUGCCAGGGUGCUUGACAGUCAACCCAUCCACAGCCGUCACCCGUGGCACCCCUGCAGCUUGAUUUACUGCCGCUUUGGGCUAGCUACGAUCACGUGCAUCGGAGCUUGGGCGCGCUCUCCAGCCCCCACCACUUUGAGUUUGGUCCUGGACUCCUGUGGGCAAGGUUCUGCUGUGGAGUCAGGCAGCAUCCCCUUGGCGCGUCAACGGGAGCUCAACCGCCUUGUGCGACGCCUGUCGUUCAAGUGGAAGGCAGCUUUGGCCCCGUCAUCAGCUCCCGCCAACAACCAUCGACAACGACGAAACAACCACGACGCCCAACCCCGAGGUGCCCUUCUCACGAAACAACACACAACACGGGCGAUUGAGUCUCGAAUCCUGACGAAUAAUCGGCUCUCUGGUUUAAGAACAGCGCCCUUGCCAGAAUGCCCGGUUUCGACUUCUCGAAUUACAACCGCAAUGCGGCGUUGCAUGCUCGGGGUGUGCCGCUGCCCAAGGCGACCAGCACAGGAACGACCAUUGUCGGGUGCAUAUAUGACGGCGGUGUGGUGAUCGCCGCCGAUACACGAGCAACCUCAGGGCCAAUCGUCGCCGACAAGAACUGCGAAAAGCUGCACUACAUCUCGCCCAACAUCUGGUGCGCCGGCGCCGGCACAGCCGCCGAUACCGAGUUCACAACCGCGCUGAUCAGCUCGCAACUCGAACUCCACUCCCUCUCGACUGGCCGCAAGCCGCGCGUAGUCACCUGCAUGACGAUGCUGAAGCAGCACCUGUUCCGCUACCAAGGCCACAUUGGCGCGUACCUGGUCGUCGCAGGUGUCGAUCCAACCGGCACCCACCUGUUCACCGUCCACGCACACGGCUCGACCGACAAGCUGCCCUACGUGACGAUGGGGUCUGGUUCGCUGGCGGCCAUGUCGGUGUUCGAGACGCAGUGGAAGCCCUCGCUGACUCAAGAUGAGGCGGUGAAGCUGUGUGCUGACGCGAUCGAGGCGGGCAUUUGGAACGACCUGGGGUCGGGUAGCAACGUGGACGUGGCCAUCAUCACGGCCGACAAGACAACGCUCAAGCGAAACUACAUCAGGCCGAACGAGCGCACGCAGAAGCUCAAGAGUUAUACCUUUGAGAAGGGCACUACGGCCGUGCUCAACGAGAAGAUCAUCCGGAAGGAGGACAUUAGCAAGUUAGUUAGCGUGCAUGAGUUGACGACAGAGGAGAGCGGCGAUAAGAUGGAGGUCGACAUCUGAGCCGUUGGGCCGGGAGCUAGAUAUGUUCAUGUACAAAUAACGGGAUCAUGAAAGCAGUGGGUGACCACUCGGUAACCCAGAAAUGAAUUGCCAUCGUCGCACUGUUUUGCUGCACCGGAU